AUCCAACUUCCUCCCUCGCCAAAAGUCUAGUGCUCCAUGGCCGAACACUAGAUGUGGUCCGUGCUGUAACACGAGAAACAGCGAACACUCUACGUGAUGCCGGAGUCAAGAUGCGUGAAAAGGCCGAUAAGCGAAAUAUGUACCUGAUGCGAGAAGGUGUCAUAUUCCCCAACUCCCCUGCUGCCUCCACUAUUCCUCCUGUCGAGUUGGAAAAGCGCAUCAACUCUUAUAACCAACGACGUGCUCUUCUCCGCACAAAUCCCUCCCUCUUCGUCUCAAAGACCCGCCUUAGUAUUCGACAAAUACCUACGUUUGUCUCCGAACGAUCACUCAAGAGACUUGCAUUACAUGCUAUCCAACAGUUUGAUAAAGAGGUCGAAGAAGGUGACAGAGAAGGUCUGAACGCAGAUGAACUGGACGACAAUGCUCCUAUUGUCGACUCUCUGAUGGGAGGAGAAGUGAAGCUUCCUGAAAGGGAGACGAAAGACGCGAAAAGAGCAAAGACGAGACGGGGUGCCCCGGGAAGGGUCAAGCAGGCCAAGGUUAUACGAGUUGCCGAUCGUGUUGACGCGGUAACUGGAAAAGGCAAGAGUAAAGGAUACGGGUUCCUUGAACUUGAACAUCACUCCGACGCUCUCAAAGUUCUCCGAUGGGCAAACAACAAUCCUGACGUCAACCCUGUAUUCAAGGAAUGGUGGCACGAAGAACUGAACGAUACAGUGUCAGGUCUGGAGAAGAAACCCGAGAAAACUGAAGAAGAUACGAGCCGUGUAAGGCGAAUCAAGGAUCUGCUGUCCACGAUGGAAGAAAAAGAAGAUAAAGUCUCAAAGCGAACUCUAAUCGUGGAGUUUUCAAUUGAAAAUAGUUUGGUGGUAAAGAAGAGGGAAGAAAGAGGUGGACCCAGACCUGGCAAUUCCCGACCAGUCAGAGAAGGUAAUGAAUCUCAUGAAAGAAUAUCAGUACCGAGACGAAAGGGUGCCCAAAGGGACACGGACUCGGAGCAGUCAAGACCGGCAAAGAAGAGAAAAGAGCAGUUGGAUGAGGAUCACGGUAGUCUCAUCGACCGUAUCAGCGAGAAAUCCAAAUCUGUCAACCCGUUAGGAAGCAUAAUUGGGCGGAAAAGAAAGAUGAAGAAA